GUUGAGCAAUCUAAUGAUUACUAAAAUUUCUCUCUAUAUAUAAAUUUAUCAAUUUAUAUGCGUACAAAAAAAAUAAUUCUAAUGAUUUUAUUAAAAUUAUUAAUAACAUUACAUAUAUGCUAUGGAACAUCUGGUAAUCUAAAAACAGACUUAGAUAAAUCAUGGGCCGAAUUUGAUAAAUAUUUAAAUUGUGAUCACAUACAGUAUAUUGGUUACUAUGAAGGAAUGGAAGAUGAUAUAGACAUGCAUUCUAAAAUAAAAACACAGUAUUUAUCUGGAAUAAAUAAUAUCAGAAAUUGGCAUAAUGUAGGACCUCUAAAAGAAAAUAAUGAAUUGGAUGUUUUUGCACAGUCAUAUGCAAAUUAUGCAGCCAGAACAGGACAAUAUGAUAAAUUCAAUUCAGUUUUUGGACUAUUAUUCUCAUCUCGUUUAGUUUCUAAUGACAUAGGAAAAAUACCUUAUGAAUUGUAUAUAAAUUUUGAUAAAGACGAUGAGCCUUUUGAUUUUGACGCAAAUGAGGAUGAAAUGAUUAAAUAUAUGGAUAAUACUUUGUGUCGACUUUCAACUACUGUAAUUUGGAAAAGUUCCAUUAACAUAGGAAUUGGUGUGGCAAAAACAAAUGAAAUACGUGAAUCACUGUAUAUUAUUGUAGCAGUAACACAUCCUAAGCCACGCGCAUUGGGAAAAUAUAAAGAAAACAUAACACCUAGAAAUAUUGAAAUCAUGGAACAUGAUGGUUACUUCAAAUUUCUUCAGGAAGUAAAAAAACGCGAAAAAAAUUUUCAUCAUCCAACAAAACGAACUCUAUGUCUACUGGCGUUAAAAAAACCAAAACGUUGACAGAAGUCAACAAAAUUAGAUUAAAGGAUCAAAAUACAGGUAAAUAUUUUUAAAUGAUUUUCUAAUAAAUACUUAUAGGUAAAAUUAUAUCAGUUACUGAAAUUCGGACAAAUUUAAACAUAAAAUCUGCUGAAACUCCUGAAAUAAUCGUAAAUACACAAACGACGUUUACUGUUAAUGCACCGAACAAUUUAGGCAACACAUUCAUUGAAGAACUCGAGUUAAAAUAUGAGGAAAUACAACAACGGCAUCAUUGAAAUAGAAAAAUUUGUAACAACGCUGACGUUAUAUUGUCUGUAUUAGCAGACGCUUUUAGUGAGAAACUUCAAAUGAUACGGACCAUUCGUAAAACUAACUCCUCCAAGGCAACUAAAGAAGUAUCUAAAAAACACUCUAUCUUGGGUAAUGAUAAAAAUAACGAGUCUUUGCCUAUAAGUUAGUUAGAAGCUUUAAAAAAUCAAAUCGCUAUGAACUUGCUCUCCCAAAUCCCAUUCAUUCGUCCCUAAGUCAGAUGUUAAAAACAUUACAAAUUCGAUUACUUCAAAGUCUUCUUCACGUUAUGGUACAGCGAAAGUUUAUCUUCCAUUGAAUAAAGCGAAAUUCGUGUUUACGAUCCCUGUUAAAGUACCAGGUAGUAAAAUUUUUAAUGGUCAGUCAGAACAUAUAGGUCAUUUAGCAGCUGUCGUUUACAAUAUGGACACCUCUAUGGCAUCAUCAAAUCAAAACAAAACAAACAAGAAAUUUGUGUAUAGGAUACCCAUAAGGAUCAAUGUUUCAAAUGGAAAAAAAAUUAGAAAAGUUCACUUAAGAUUUUAGAUUUAUCCUUAAACACUGACAAUACAUACAAUAACACGUAGUUCAAUGUCGUAGAUUAUACAACUGUACUUCUUUAUAUUCCAGAGUUAAACAUGUCAAUGCCGAACCCUAUACCAAAAAUUGUAUUAAAAGGACCAUUAAAAUAACCUUAUAUUAUUAUAAUUAAUGACACAGAAAGAUAAUUUUAACAAUUACUGUUAUUGUAAUAGCAUUUAACUACUGCCUGAAACUCUUGAAUAAACUUGUGUCUGUAUGAAAAAAAAAAAUGCUACAGUAUUAAACACUAGUCUUAAAGAUUUUAUUUCAUCGUUAGUCAUGAAUAUCACACUAAGAUUUAUGUACAUUAGUUCAUAUUUUGUGUUUGUAUAUGGCCAUAGUAGAUGAUUAU